AUGUCGAGUGCCUUUACCGCCAUUGAUACUCCCUCUGCACUGCUCAACUUCAUCCGGACGUCCACACACUUACCCUCUGAACCCUUGAAUCUGGUGACAAUCACGUCAAUUGAAACAGAGACUAUAUAUCCCACAUGGGUCUAUACGAUAUCUGAUUCCGGGCCUGAUUCCAGCACCACAACCACUGUACUUGACUUCUUGUCGUCAACGCUGAACCCAACACCCGUGACCGUAACUCUGACGACGACUAGGUUGUCGACAACUAAGCAGGACACUAUAAUAUCGACUUCUAGCUCUAUAGCAACAGAUAUUCUGGCACCUCCAGCUUCGACUCUAGUCCCAACAACCUCGGUUCUAUCAAGCCCAACGGGGGACUUUCCUAUUUCGGCAACUUCGGAAUCCACCGAUCUCUGGUAUUCCGAUGCUCCUAGCAACACGUGGAAUCCACCGGUUCCAUUAACUGGCUCGAGUAUAUCUCUUUCAUCGACACUGUCUGUCUUGUCGGAGACAACCAUUGGCUCCAUGAGCUCCAGUAUCUCGGCCAGCUCGAGCACCACACCAUCGAACACACCUUCAAUCCCACCAUUUGUCGGAACCGCCACGAGCGUAGCCUCUUCAGAAACAUCCCAAGCCGAUCAUUCCAGCCCCUCCAAAACUGGAACGGUAGUUGGGAGCAUCAUCGGAGGGUCAGCAAUCACGAUCUUCGCCCUACUAGCCUGCGCACUCUAUAUGCGUCGCCGACGACGAAAACUAGCAACAGAGCGGCUAGACAUCAGGCAGAAACUAAUACGAGGUGACUCAACGAGCUCAUCAAUCAGCCACCAUCAUCACCACCGCUACCACUCCUACCCCUCAAUCCCAGGAAACAUCGGCCUGCGAUCACCCACACUCCCGGUCAUCCCGCUGCAACAGCAGCCCUCGAAUCCAGAUCUAUCCCUGGACAGUAUGUACCUGCGCGGCGAGGGGAGAACACAGGAUCCCUUCGCGGACCCGCCGUCCGCAGUCAUCCAGGUCUCAGCCCCAUCUCGCUCGGUCUCGAUCUACUCCACUUCUUCCCGGGGCGCCGGGCGAGGUGGGCAGGGGUACUGGGACUGCGAGCGCGACGGCGCGGAUACUCUCGCUGUACCGCAUGGAUAUUUGGAUACGCCUAUGAUGCGUGAUAGCAUGCGUAGUGACCCCUUCGAUCUUGACCUUGAGCCUCCGCAAAAUGCUCACCACCGUCGGUCUUCUGUUCCUUCGAUCCCGACUACAUGGGGUGUCAAGUUUUAG